AUGGGUUUCUUUUCGUUUCUUGGAAGACUGUUAUUCGCUUCAAUCUUCAUCCUCUCUGCAUGGCAAAUGUUCAAUGAUUUUGGAGAAGAUGGUGGGCCUGCCGCAAAAGAAUGGGCAGCCAAAUUAGCUACUGUUGAGAAAUUUCUAGCAUCUAGUUUCGGGAAAGGUGCUUUAAAGAUCGAUACUAGGCAUUUUGUUGCUGCCUGUAUUGUUCUAAAGGGUUUGGGAGGCCUUUUAUUCGUAUUUGGCGGCUCUACUGGUGCUUUCCUUCUGAUAUAUUACUUGAUAUUUGCCACUCCCCUUCUGUAUGACUUCUACAACUACAAUGUUGGUGAGCCAGAAUUUGUCAGACUCUUAUCAGAGUUCAUUCAGUCCGUGGCUCUUUUUGGCGCAUUGCUAUUUUUUCUAGGGAUGAAGAACUCUAUUGGGAGGAAACAACUCAAGAAAAAGGCCGCCCCUAAACAGAAGGCACCUUAG